CUCUCAGGAAGAGAGGAGUGGGUUAGAGUUAAGCUCUAAUCCAGAUGUGUGUGGCUGGGUGGACCAGUGCAGACUCAGCUAGGGUCCCACCUCUCUAAAAGAGACCCAACUCUCCUCCAUCACUCCUAACACAGACCUAGUGCUGCUUGGUUUACCUCAGAGCGUCACAACAAGACUAAACGCAGACUGGAUACCUCACUCCUCGACCGAACUGGUGUCUUAUUGUCUACUGUGAACACUGCUGUCAACCCACUUUUUCUUGGAGGAAUUUCCAGGUCGGAUGAUGGCGUGAGAGACCUGCCAUGGCUGCUGAGGGUGUCACUGUCCUGGCUCCCUGGCUGAGACUGAGGGCAGUGCUGUUAUUGCUGGUGCUGCUCCUCUCUCCACUGGCCCUGUGUGCCCCAUGCCCCAGAGGCUGCAGCUGCCCUGGCAUCAAGGAGGUACACUGCACCUUCCGCCACCUCACCUCUGCCCCACGUAACCUGCCCAAGGACACAGAGAGGGUUAACCUGGGCUAUAACAGCCUCCAGGCCGUGGGGGGGUCAGAGUUCACACAACUCCGCCAGCUGGAGAUGCUUAUGCUCCAUGGGAAUGAUAUCAUGACCGUGUCUCCAGGAGCAUUUUACAGCCUGCGCUCUCUGCAGAUUUUGAAGCUGAGCUACAACAAGCUGGAGGCCAUCACCCCUGGUAUGUUUGAGGGCUUGGUCAGCCUGGUGCGACUCCACCUGGACCGCAACAACAUAGACUUCAUCGAGCCUUACACCUUCAGUGGGCUAACAUCAUUAAAACUCCUACAGCUAGAGGGCAACAAGCUGAGGGACCUCCACCCACACAGCUUCAUCACCCUCUCUCUCCUGGGGAACUUCUGGAGCUCUGGGCUGCGUCACCUCCACCUGUCGGACAACCAGCUGCACUACCUCCAGCCUGGGACCCUGAUGCCCCUCAGCAAACUGGAGCUGCUCUCCCUGCAUGGCAACCCUUGGACCUGUGACUGCCAUCUCCAGUGGCUGCUAGAGUGGAACAACAAACAUGAGGGAGUGAUUAAGUGUAAGAAGGAGCGUGACGCUGCCUCUGGUGAGAGCUGUGCUGUCUGCUCCUCACCUCAGUCCUUAAAUGGCAGCCAGGUCCUGGGACUGUCUGCUGGCCAGCUGGUCUGUGAGCGGCCCACUCUGGUGUCCGAUCUGAAGCAGUGGGACAGCCCCGGCUGGGACGAUGCGGACUCAGAGCCCGACCUGCCCUACACCAGGGACCUGGAACGUCCCCUGGGCUACCUCACAUUCGUCCUGACCGACAACCACGGGAACAAAGCACAUGUGGCCUGCGAUGUCCGGCGGCCCAGCGAGAGCUCCUCUGUGACAUGGGAGAACCUGCGGACGUCCGGGGAGGUGGCGGUCAACGUGAGCCUGGUCAGCCUGCUGGAAUGUGAGAUUGACCGGGACACUCUGCAGAACCUCUGGAGGCUGGUGGCCUACUACUACGAGAGCCCUGCUCUCUUGGAGAGGGGGAUGAGGAGGGAGAACACCAGCAGAGUCACGUUUCAGUACUCCCAGGGACACAACGAGGAAUCCCCUUACUUUACAGAUCUCAAAGGACACUUAAUGGCUGAACCGACGUGGCUCCUCCAACCAAGGGUCACCCUGCAGCUGAACAGACGGCAAACCACCACAAAAAAACUGGUGCUGGACUUUACCACAUUCAUCUCCAAGCACAUCAGUGGUAGGGGAGAGCAGGAGGAUGUGACUUCCUCCUGGGCCCUAAUAAAGAGAGGAAGCCCUGGGAGAGUUCAAUCUGUGCUGGAGGGUUCAGAGGUCAGUCUGGGGUGUACAGUUAUCAGUUCAGGGUCACAGUCUGUGGAGUGGAUGCUCCCAGAUCUAUCUAUCCUGGAAGAAUCUAAUUCCCGGCUGGUGUCUGAGGGAGGCAGACUGGUCAUUGGAAAUGCUAGUGUGUCUGACUCUGGGCUGUAUCACUGUCUAGUCCGCACAGAGACUGAUGUGGACAUGGUGCCUGUGAGGUUGACAGUGAAAGAACGCCUGCUCAGUCCGAACACUCUAAAUGGGAAGAAGAUGGAAGUGGAGAGCGGGGAGUCCCUCUCACUCCCCUGCUAUGUGAACUCAGCACAGCCUAGCGAGACACGCUGGUACCUCCCUAAAAAUCAGAUCCUACAACCGUCGCAACCAAAGGGGAGGGUCUACGUCAAUCAAAAUGGAUCCCUGGUGAUCAAAAAGACAACUCAUGAGGACGCUGGGGAGUACAGCUGUUUGGCUGCUAACCUCUAUGGAGUAGACAUGUUGGCUCAUCUCGUGGUCGUCACAGGGGAGAAAGACUCGGAUGCAAAAGAAGAGGUCGAGAAAGAAUCACCUGGUGUUGAAACAGCCAAAGGAGAAUCACCUUUGUUUGGGAGUAAGGAGGAUGAAGGUGAGGGGUCAGGGUUCCAGGAGAUAAAAGGCCCCCAUGCUACACAGUCUCCUAAGAGGGUGGGUGGACAACAAAGGUACCCUGGAGGGUUUUUACGCCCUGGUAUGAAAGGGAAGAGGAUCAAGGAUAACAAGAGGAAACCUAAUAAGUCUGUCAAGGAGCUCGACCCCAACCGCUGGGCUGAGAUCCUAGCCAAAGCUAAUGCUAAACCUCCGACACUACCGCCUACAAGACCAGCACCAACUACACCAACAACAAAAACAGCAACGACAAUGACAGCCAAAGCCACUACUACUACUCCUAAACCCACUACUACUACUACUACCACAACUACUCCUAAACCCACUACUACUACUACUACCACUACUACUCCUAAACCCACUACUUCUACUACUACCACUACUACUCCUAAACCCACUACUACUACUACUCCUAAACUCACUACUACUACUACUACCACUACUACUCCUAAACCCACUACUACUCCUACUACCACUACCAUGAGACAAACUACAACAACCACGACCACAACAACAACUAUUACUGCUCCUCCUUCAACUACCAGAACAACCACAACUAAAAAGCCCACCAAGAGCCAUUCGAAAACAAGUCACCACACGGAAACAGAAGGUGAAUUGGACUUUUCCGAAAAGCGACCUGAACCUCCACCUAGAAAACAUGUGACACAGGCCCCAAGAGGGAAAGCAUUACUUGUGAACCGAGGUAGAGGUAGAGGAGGUCCAAACCCAGAUUCAGACUCGGUCAUAAAUCUGUCUGUUACAGAAGCGCCUCAAUCCGUCACACAACCAAUGCAUCUAGAAGACAAGCAUGUGGGGAGGGAGAGAGAGAGAGUGAACCAGAAGAACAAUCCUAUUUGGACAAACAGACGAAGACCCCCUUACAGACGGGGCAGACCCCCACAGAGACGGGUUCGACCUCAGAAACCCUCCCUCCCCUCAUCACACAAACCACAGACGACACUCCCUCAACCCGCAACCAGAGUGGAAAAACAAGAAUCUACUGCAUCGCAAAACGACAAUUCUAAAAUGGAGGACAAUAUUCCAGAACACAUACCCACUAUUUCAACACAUGAUGACAAUGAGCCUGUUGAUCUGAUCAUUAAUCCCAACACUGCUACAGACAAAUCAGAUAGCAUUCACAUAAAAUCAUUAACACCAGAGAUGAAAGACCUUAGUAUAGUUAACCUUUCAAACAGAGAGCAUGUGCCUACACCAGAGACGAUCACCUCAGCAGAAAAUCUACCUCCCCCAACUGAGGUGCCUGGACAGGAGAGGACAUGGGAGAACUUAAAAAAACAGGAUGUUAUUAGACAGACUACCCAAAACAGGCAAACAUCCCCAACGAUAACAACAACAACAAAGCACACUCAUAUUAAUUAUAAAAUUCAUUUAAAACCUAAUUUGUCACAUGAUACGGUUGCUAUGGCAACACCCGUACUGACUAAACUUGACGUUUCAGAUAAAGGAGCUGCAAAGCCAGAAACCCCUUUAACAAAAGUACAUUUUCUAAAUCCAACUCCUAAAAAAUCACAAGAUAAGACACAAACACAUUUGAGAACCGUUGCAAAAGGCAGUGUUGCUCGGGAGGAUUUUCUGAGAAACACACACAGAAACUCAUAUAAAAAUGAGGAGGAUCACUCUCAAAUGAAACUUGACAGUCCCAGUCUCCCCAUCCACCCCUGGAUCUACCAACAGAAUGUCCAAAUGAGAGUUCAAACCACCCCUCCACCCCGCGCUCCCACCCCCUAUUGGCCUUAUAGCCGCUUACAAGUGUGGCCCUCAGUUCAUGGUUCAGGGCCACAUCCUUUCUUUACGGAGAGGCCCAUGCUUUUCUCCCACCCAGGGGGCCGGGGAAUUGGGGUCACCAAUCGACCAGAAAUCACAGCUGAGACUGUCAGGCCCACAGCGUUCAUCUCUGCUUCACCGGGCAGUGGCAUGGCAGCCCCGCUGACCUACCACCCACCCCACAGGAGCCCAGGCCCAGCCAGCAGGACCCGACAGCAGGACCUCUUAAUGCUCUCCAAGCUCAGAAACAGAUACAGACAGGCUCAGCUGGACCGUAUUUCACAGCUAGGGAAGAGAGUGACAACUAAGCCCAAGAUCAGUCACCCUACACCUAGACCUCACUACCAGCCUCCCACUCCGUCAUACAACUACUGGCCUGUGCCCCCCACCACCUCCCUCCCCGUGCCCACCAACAGGCCCUACUCCACAGCCAGUGUCCUGUACGGCAGCCGCUGGCACUACAGCCCCUGGGGCCAGAGGAGGCUGAGCACGGCCCUGCCAUUCCCCAACUUGAUGGGUAGUGGGGUGAAGCCUAGGAUCAGCUCUGUGAAUACAGUCAGUGUGUCUGCCCUGGCUGAGGGUGAUGUGCUGCUGCCCUGUGAAGCAUCAGGAGACCCACAGCCAGCGCUCUCCUGGACUAAAGUCUCCACAGGUGCUACCGUCCAAGCAAACACAAAACACGGACAGAGAUUUGAAGUUGUAAAGAACGGCACCUUUGUGAUUAAAAACAUUCAGCUACAGGACAGAGGCCAGUACCUCUGCACGGCACAGAACACAUUUGGCUCGGACCGAAUGGUCAUUACCCUGGCUGUGCUGACCCAGCCUCCCAAAAUUAUAGGUCCCCACUCCAGAGAGGUCCCAGUGUAUUUGGGGAAGGCUAUAAGCUUAGACUGUGUAGCCUCUGGCAAGCCCCAGGCUCAGAUCUCCUGGAUUCUUCCAGACAAGACCUUUGUGCGUGAUGUGGGAGCUCUUGACAGGUCAGCCUCUCUGCUGGCUAACGGCACCCUGAGGAUCCAAUCAGCUAACUUCUCCAGUAAAGGCGACUAUAGGUGUAUCGCUAGCAAUGCGGCCGGAGCUGACACAGUGACUUUUCACAUCCACGUGGCAGCGCUACCGCCCACCAUCAAUGAGGAGGCCUCGGAGAGCAUCGUCAUCCAGGAAGGGAGAAGUGUGUACGUCCACUGCACUGCCAAGGGAGAGCCUGCGCCCGUGCUAAAGUGGACCCUCCCUGCAGGGGUACAUGUCAAACCCUCCCAGAUCCUCGGCAGGAGACUGUUUGUCUUCCCCAAUGGGACGCUGUACAUCAAGAACAUCUCUCCGGAAGACUCAGGGAGGUAUGAGUGCUCUGUGACCAACGCAGUGGGUGCGGCCAGGAGAGUUCUGCACCUGAAGGCCAGGCAGGAGGUCCCCAGCCUGCGACUGUCACACCAUCCCUCCCAACAGCACAGAGUCACAGCCAUGUAUGGCUCCACUGUGUACCUGCACUGUCCAGAGUCCACUGGCACUCCCCGUGGCACUCUGUGGCAGCUACCAUCCAAAACAUUGCUGGAACAUCGCUACAGCCCUGAGAGACCUGUCACCGUGUUCUCCAAUGGGACCUUACGGAUCCUGCAGCUGACUGAAAAAGACGGAGGUAGCUACCUGUGUAUGUUCCAGAGGCCCAACGGUGAGGACAUGGAGCUGUUCCAGGUGCAGGUGCUCAUGAUGCCACCUAAGAUCGAACAUCUGGCCACAGCUCAGAAGAGGGUGACCUCCGGGGAGAACUUCCAGGUGGACUGUGUUGCCUCAGGCCUCCCUGACCCAGAGGUGUCCUGGAGCCUCCCUGAUGGAACCAUGAUCAACAAUGCCCUACAGUCGGAUGACAGCGGCACCCGUUUUCGCCGCUAUGUCAUCUUCGGGAAUGGAACACUGUUGCUGCAGCAGAUGGGAAAGAAGGAUGAGGGGGACUAUACAUGCCAUGCUAAGAAUGAACUGGGGGAGGAUGAGAUGAAGGUGAGCAUCAAAGUAGGCCCUGACUUCCCCCGAAUCACAUCCAAGGCUCAGCUGUUGCUCACGGCCCGACUCGGAGAGUCUGCCUAUAUGACGUGUCAGGCAACUGGGGAGCCUCCACCAACCAUUGUGUGGCUCUCCCCAACCAAUGAUGUCAUCACAUCCUCUUCAACCAAAUACCACACCUUAGAUGAUGGGACUUUGGUGAUAAAGAAGGUGACUUUGGCCGACCAAGGGAAGUAUGCUUGUGUGGCAAGGAGUUCUGCUGGGGAUGACAUCAAGAACAUUAAGAUACAAGUAGAACCAAGAGAGCCACACAUCAAUGAACAAGGUGGAAGAAGCAGUAUGAAAGUGUUGGCAGUAUCUUAUCAGACAACACUGCUCGACUGCAGAGCGGAGGGCAAGCCUGAGCCACGCGUUUCCUGGGCCGCACCCUACGGCCUCUCUCUGCCAACACCUUACCUGGGAGGACGCUUCCAAGUCCACAAGAAUGGGAGUCUAGAGCUACGUGGAGUGAGGAAGACAGACGAGGGUCAGUAUGUGUGUUUGGCCAAAAAUCACUUGGGAGAAGCAAGCCUGGCAAUUGAGCUUGAAGUGGCAUCCAUAGCAGAGAAGCCAAGCUUCGCCAUGCCGAACAUUGAGAUUUUACCAAUAAAACAAGAUGGAAGUGAUGUCACUCUGGAGUGUCCUGCCCGCGGUAAGCCAAACCCAGAGUUUGUUUGGAUCCUGCCAAAUGGCACAGCACUGAUGCCAGGCACUAGACAUCAACACUUCACUCACUAUAGAGGAAACGGGACGUUGCGCAUCGACCAGCCAGUGACAGCUGACAAAGGGGUUUACCGUUGUCUGGCGAAAAACGUGGCUGGGACUGCAGAGAAGCGAUACGCUCUAGAACCAGGAAGAAAGCCUGUGAUUCGAGGCACAACAGGGAUCAUGAAGAUCACGUUUGGCCAAAUUCUGAACCUGCCGUGCUCUGUGGAUGGCUGGCCACAGGCCUCAAUAACAUGGACCCUACCAAACGGCCUGGUCCUGGACAAGCCCCAGAUUAUUGGGAGAAUUACAUUUUUAUCAAACGGCACACUUCAACUCAAAGAGGUCGCCACAUUUGACAGGGGAACCUAUGUCUGCAAGGCCACCAACACAUUUGGGUCAUCUGCGUUGUCAUACCCAGUUGCAGUUAUGGUGUAUCCUCCAAGUAUCACAAACGCACCCCCUUCCAUCACUAGAGUCCACAGAGGGUCAUCAGUAACACUUAACUGCAUCGCUGCAGGCAUACCAAAGCCUGAGAUAACAUGGACUCUACCUGGAAGAACCACACUUGUUCCCAACAACCGUUUCACGGCACAGGGAGGAAUUCACAUGACGGUUGAGGGCAGCUUGGUCAUACAAGAUCCAGUGCUUAUGAACUCAGGAAUUUACAAAUGCAAUGCAAAAAAUGCUCUAGGAAGUGACUUCAAAGCAACAUAUCUUCAGGUGAUCUGAGCCACAACAUAAAUCCCUAAUCUAAUCUGACAAUUACACUUGAAUGUAAAACUUAAUCCUCUAGAAUACCAUAUGUACAGUGUAUUUAUGUAACCUUACCAUUAAUGUGCAUAUUAUAUGAGGUAAAAUAGUGUGAACUCUUAUAUCACUAACAAGGAAAGGAGAAAAAUGUCUGCUUUAAUUGUUGGCAGAAAUAUAAGCAUAUAAAAACAUAACAGAUGUGACUUAGGGAAUGCUCUCUUUUCUUUGAAUUUAUAAAUAUUCCUGUAUGUAAAUAUCUAAUUAUACUGUGUUGACUGAACUCACAUUGUUGGUUUAUCUAUAUCCCUUUUUUUACUACGAUACAGCUUGCAGGUGCCUAGUGUUACUUCUGACAAUAUAAAAAAUAAAAGUGAAUCACUUACACAGGAA